CCUCUAACGCCAGCGGCGAGCGACAAGAGCAACGCGAGCGGAGCACACACGGUUGCUCACCCACUCCCAAGUUCCGACGCAGGCCGGCGACGGCGAUGGCGACAGCUGCGCGAUCCCUGGCUGCCUUCUCCUCCGCUUCCGCCAAAUCCGCUCGCCCCGGGCACUGCAGCGCCGCCGCGCCUUCCCGCGUCGCCGCCGCGGCCGAGACCGCGCGGCGGCUCGUGAUGGAGUUCGACCCGGCGGUCCCGCUGGCCUCCGCGGUGACGCCGCCGAGCGGGUGGUACACCGACCCGGACUUCCUCCGGCUCGAGCUCGACCGCGUCUUCCUCCGCGGGUGGCAGGCCGUUGGUCACAUAGGGCAACUGAAGAACCCAAAUGACUUCUUCACUGGAAGACUGGGAAAUGUAGAAUUUGUCAUAUGUCGAGAUGCAAAUGGCAAACUUCAUGCUUUUCACAAUGUGUGUCGCCAUCAUGCCUCUCUCCUUGCAUGCGGAAGUGGUCAGAAGACUUGCUUCCAGUGCCCUUAUCAUGGUUGGACAUAUGGAUUGGAUGGUACCCUCCUGAAGGCUACAAGAAUAUCAGGAAUCAAGAACUUCAAUAAGAAUGAUUUUGGUCUCAUACCAAUUAAAGUGGCUACCUGGGGACCUUUUGUGUUAGCCAGAUUUGAUGAUGAGUCCACUGAAGAUAAUGUUGAUGAUGUAGUUGGAGAUGAAUGGCUGGGUAGUGCUUCUGAUCUGUUGAUUACAAAUGGCAUUGACACUUCACUGCCUCACAUUUGCAGGCGAGAAUAUAUUAUCAACUGUAACUGGAAGGUCUUUUGUGAUAAUUAUCUAGAUGGUGGAUAUCAUGUUCCAUAUGCACAUGGGGCUCUUGCAUCUGGUCUGCAGCUUCAAUCCUAUGAAACACUUGCAUAUGAAAGAGUCAGUGUUCAAAGAUGUGAAAGUGCACCAGCAGAACCAGACGACUUUGAUCGCUUAGGGACAAAAGCUCUCUAUGCCUUUGUUUAUCCAAACUUCAUGAUCAACAGGUAUGGUCCAUGGAUGGACACUAAUCUAGCUGUCCCAUUGGAUUCAACCAGGUGUAAGGUGGUAUUUGAUUAUUUUCUCGACGAGUCUAUGCUGGAUGACCAGAAUUUUAUCGAGGGAAGCCUAAAAGACAGUGAGCAAAUACAGAUGGAAGACAUUGCACUCUGUGAGGGAGUUCAGCGGGGCCUGGAAUCGCCGGCUUAUGGCGUUGGUAGAUACGCACCUUCCGUGGAGAUGGCGAUGCACCACUUCCACUGCCUCCUACAUGCUAACCUUAGUGGUUAGUUCUCUCAUCUCGUUUGCGCAUCUUGCCGGGUCUGUACAGAACGGAACGGAACGGUCCUAUCUGCAGAAUGCAGCAUUUACACUUGUUUUGAAUGUAAUCUUGAGAUGUGAACUGACCGCUCUUCCCCAAUCACACAUUCAUAUGUUUGCUGGCUC